AUAUCUUAAUCUUAGGCAUAUCUUAAAUAGUGUAAAGUAAUAAAGGAUAUUGGCUCUUUGUGCCAUUUUGUGUCCGACAACAUAUUCCCUGAGUUUGUAAACAAUAUAUAAAUAUUACAAUAUAACAAAAACACAAAUUAAUAUAGAAGAUACUGUCAAUAUUUGCAUCCAUACACCCAAAUAAUUGUCAUUAAUGACAAUGUUUGUAAUUUAUGUAUCCCACUGGCAAAACAAAAUAAAAAAUCCAUGUAUUGUUUGAUUACAUAUUUAGGCAUGAGAGUUUAUGAUUAAAUAUCAUUUUGCCCAUGAAAGAACCUCUCUCAGUUUCUUCUAACAAAAUGUAUCUUUUUAAAUAAAUGUGUGUGUGUGUGUGUGUGUUCCCAGUCAGACCAGUCAUGCCAUAUCACUGGUAGCUUUAGGUAUUUCAUGAGCACACUUAUCUGCAUGUGAUUGCCACAAUCGCCAUUUGGCGUUGCUUCCUUUAUGAGGAGGAUCCCUUUAAAUGCGAUCUGUGUAAUUAUAGCACGUUAUUAGGCCAUGCUGUCUUUAUUUAGCCGUGACUGGUCAGCUGUUUGUCGGUGCUAGGGUUGGAAGGUUGGAAGGAAUUGAAGCUAAAAGCUAAAAGCUAAAAGUCAUUUGAUAAAUGAUUUUCAGUUGAUAGUAUCUGCAUACUUUGGUCAUUUGGGUGAUGUGUCGCUUCUAUUUAUUAUUGUUACAGUAUCAUGACAUUGUUAUUUGAAUGGCACGGUUAAAUAAAAACAAUAUGUAUGUAGCUAAAUAGUAAUUAUAUGUACAUUUGUGUAUACAUUUGAGAGUGUCAGCUGGUUUCUUGACAGUUUGUGUGCUGUUCCCAGGCAGCAUUGUGCCUGAUUUAGCCGGAAUGCUCGGAUAGCAACAGGAACAACUUUUAGCUGUGGCUGGUUUGUGAGGAGGGGAAGUCACAUCGCAGUCGAAGCCCUUUGGCCUGCUCUUCUAUGUGCUCCCCGACUGCGUCCCCACCCCCCCAAACCCUCUUUCCAUUUCUACCUGACAUCCUCCAACUAUUUCCGCGUCAUUCCUGCAUUGAGCCGUUUGAAGAGACACUGGGAAACUGAGCCAAGGGCUCCUCCCACAGGCCGAGUCGUCGUCCAAUCAGAGUCGGGGACUGCACUUUAUGCAGCCAAUGAGGUGGCUGCUGCCAGAGCAUUCGGGUAGCAACAGAGCCUGCCUGUACAAGGGUGCGUGCUGUGCGAGGGAGAGGCUGCUCUCAGCACAGAGAAGUAGAAACAGUUGACAAGACUGGAUUGAAAAAAAAAAAAAGAAAUAACGAAAAAAAUGAUCCCUAGGGGUUUAACGUUUAUUCUUAUUCAUUCACACGGGGUUUUCAUUAAUGUGACGGUGCAUUAUGAAGUUGAAAAAAAAACUACUGCCAUUGUGUAAUUUAACGCUGAACUCAAUUUGAAAUAAAAUAUAUUUUUCAGAUGUAUAUUUUAAUAAGUAGUAAUGUGAGUAGACGUAUGGCCAGUGAGGGUUUAUUCUUGAAAAUUGUGACAUGUGUGAAUAUAAAGUUUCAGUAAAUAUACCCCGUUGUUACUAUAAAUGGACAGGACGGGAGAGGUCUAUUUGGAAGGGACUACUUCUGACAAAAAAACGGGGGGGACCCAGUGCAGUUUCAAUGCAGCCCGCAUGUAGCUCAUCGAAACAAACCUCUCCGAAUAUUCAAAGUCAGUUGCGUCAAAUGGUGUAACGGAUAAAAGCGGCGAUUUAUGACGUUGUGAAAGAGCGGCUACUGCGACCCCCUCCGCUGCCACGACUAUGGUACGGCCCCAAAUCGCAGGGCGGGGGGGGGAGGCAAUGUGGGAGAAGAGCACAGAUUCCGUAUAACGGAGAAACACUGAACGGAAAACGGGCGACAAACAUGACGCCGAACUGCCCUUUCCACCUUGAAAGUACACCAAUAACCUUCCUUCGUAGCGAGAAAGGCACGCCGACGUGUCAAGGAGGACAUUAAGUGAAGGAGACCAGAGCGGAAGCGGAGCAAAGAGGAGGCUCGUCAAGGAGCCAUUCUGGGCAUCUUGACAACAAACUCAGGAACUUGACUGCAUUCGGUGGACUUGAAGGCGAGUUCGGGAUUCUUCAAGACGUCGCGUUUGAUUGUGAUAUUACCUCAAAGGGGCUUUUAUUGCCGUGUUGACAAAUUGGAAGCAACGCAGGACAUGUAACCCGAAUCCUGUCAUCCUCCUCUGUGGAUCACACCUCGUCCGCUCCAGUGUGGAUAUUCUCUUUGUGGAACUUUUCUUGGAACUCUACUCAUCUUGCUGUUUAUUGUGCAAGCAGACCGUAUUGUUUCUUUAUUCUGUGGUGGUAUUAAGAGGCUUAUUUUGACUGAGGUUAGCCGCCUCCCUGUGUGGCCAGGUGCUGAGUAAAUACAACACAAAGACUGCAGGUGUGACAUUGCUAAUCUUUUUGAGAUAUAGCCUCUCUCGCCACACUAGUCCCACAGUGACCAGUGACCAGGCCCCCGGGAAGCAUCUGGACCUAUUUUUAACAGGAGGGAUGGGGUAAAAGCAGAAAGCUAGAAAUUCAACUCCCCUCCUUCUUGUCUACCCCUUCCAUCGCCCACCUAGCAGCAUGCCGGGUGGGCUUUGUUCCAGUGACUUGCAACCAACUACUUCAUGCGUUCUAUGAGGCGACUGAACGAAAAUCCAAAAGUUGCUCACAUUUCUGUUGAAUGCUUCGUCCCGGAUGUUAUUACUGAAGGCUCCUUGAGUACUCGCAAAGUAUGUUUGAUGAACUGCUACUUUCCUACUUGGGGUUAACCCCACCCUGGAUACAAUUCAUGCGCCGUUGAGAUCCAUGACAGAGACUGGGACGGCCUACUUUCCGUCUCCCCAAAUUAAAGGUCACCAGCAAUCCAGAACCUAGCACUUGGAACCUCCAUCUCAAAGAAACUACAAACCAAAAAUUCUAAUCCCUUCCUUCCCCCCCCAACCACGAUGACACAGAAUCUAAACAGAAUGAGAGCUCUAUAUCUAUAGUGUAACUCCUAAUCUUCUUUAUAUUUUUACUGGAGAUAUACAAGCUGCCUGUACACCAGUUGGUUGCCUUAGAAACAACACUAACAAGGAAAACAAGCUAGAGAAGACUGUGCCUUUUGAUUGGAUCGCUCGCUUUCCCACCUGUUCCACAUUGACCGAGUCAGUUGGAGAAACUGUAGGAGCGAACUCUGGGAUCGAACACACGCCUCAUGAAGGUUACCUAAGCCCACCCCUCCCCCCCCACCACGACCCUCUCCCCCCCCCAAACACACACACAAGACGCCCACCCCCACCGACGGAGGUUUGCCCCGCCUGCGAAAUCAUUUGAUUGAUUUGGGUUUCCCUUCUGGGUUGACCGUUUGCCAAGCGUUUCCAUGGUGAUCACAUCAUCAUCUGUGGAGGACAAGACUGUGCCCCCUUGCAGGAUGGUCCAAUCACAACCCUGGAUCACCUCUGCCCUGCAUCGCGACAAUAAAAGUGUAAGCAGCUCAGGAUGUCCGCCCACCUCCUCCUCCUCCUCCUCCUCUUCCUCCUCCUCCUCUACUGCCCAGGGCUUCUCCCUCGCUGAGCCAGCCAUGACCAGCCAGCACACGCAUACACACCCCUCCUUCAGCUCCAUCCACUCCAUGGCCGAGCAGCAGCAGGUGCUGUCUGAUAUGACCAUACUCCAGCGGAGGAUCCCCCCUAGUUUCAGAGACCCUGCCACUGCCCCACUGAGGAAGCUCUCGGUAGACCUCAUCAAAACCUACAAGCACAUCAAUGAGGUGUAUUACACUAAGAAGAAGCGGCGGGCCCAGCAGGUCCCUCCUGAAGACAGCAGUACUAAGAAGGAGAGAAAAGUCUACAACGAUGGCUACGAUGACGACAAUUAUGAUUACAUCGUCAAAAAUGGAGAAAAGUGGCUGGACCGCUAUGAGAUCGACUCCUUGAUUGGGAAGGGCUCUUUUGGUCAGGUGGUGAAGGCCUACGACCACCACGAGCAGGAAUGGGUGGCCAUCAAGAUCAUCAAGAACAAAAAGGCAUUUCUCAACCAGGCACAGAUUGAACUUCGCCUGCUGGAGCUCAUGAACAAGCAUGACACUGAGAUGAAAUAUUACAUAGUCCACCUGAAGCGUCACUUUAUGUUUAGGAAUCACCUAUGUUUGGUGUUUGAGUUGUUGAGCUACAAUCUGUAUGAUCUGCUGAGGAACACCAACUUCAGAGGGGUCUCCCUCAAUCUCACACGGAAAUUUGCACAGCAGCUCUGUACAGCAUUAUUAUUCCUAGCCACUCCAGAACUGUCAAUCAUCCACUGCGACCUAAAGCCGGAGAACAUCCUGCUGUGUAAUCCCAAGAGAUCUGCCAUCAAGAUCGUUGACUUUGGAUCCUCCUGCCAGUUGGGACAGAGGAUCUACCAGUAUAUCCAGAGCAGGUUUUACCGCUCCCCUGAGGUUCUUUUGGGAAUGCCAUAUGACCUUGCCAUCGACAUGUGGUCUCUAGGAUGCAUCCUGGUGGAGAUGCACACAGGCGAACCUCUCUUCAGUGGCUCCAACGAGGUUGACCAAAUGAACAAGAUUGUUGAAGUGCUGGGGGUCCCUCCCAGUCACAUGCUAGAUGCAGCUCCUAAAGCCAGGAAGUAUUUUGACAAGCUAUCAGACGGGCUGUGGACGGUGAAGAAGAACAAAGACAUAAAGAAGGAGUACAAGCCCCCAGCCACGCGGCGUCUUCACGAGAUUCUGGGUGUGGAGACCGGGGGUCCUGGUGGGCGGAGAGCAGGGGAGCCGGGACACGCCCCCUGUGACUACCUGAAGUUUAAAGAUCUUAUCCUGCGCAUGCUGGACUACGACCCCAAAAGCCGCAUCACCCCAUUCUAUGCCCUGCAGCACAACUUCUUCAAGAAGACCACAGAUGAAGGAACCAACACAAGUUCGUCCACAUCCACCUCCCCCGCCAUGGACCACUCCCAUUCGACCUCCACCACAAGCUCCGUUUCGAGCUCCGGCGGCUCCAGUGGUUCCUCCAACGACAACCGCAACUAUCGCUACAGUAACCGCUAUUACAACUCUGCUGUGACGCAUUCAGACUAUGAGAUGACCAGCCCUCAGCAGAUGAGGAUGUGGCCAGGCAGUGAUGGUGGAGGUGGGGGUCAGGACCCAGCAUACACCCAGUUGCUGCUCCACAAGCCGGCUGCCUCCCAACAGCACCAGCGCCACUUCCUGGAACAGCCGCAUCACCCCCACCCGACCUACUCGCACCACGGGAACGGCGGGCGCGGCCUCCGACAGGGCGGACAGACCGGCAUCGGCGGGGGCGGGGGAGGCCAGCAGGGGUCCUCGCCCCAGAUGAGUGACAGCAUGGAUGUGGGCGUGUCCCUAGGGCUGCACCACCUGGGGGCGGUGUCUUCCAUGGAGGCGUCUCAGUUCGGCUCCGCCUCUCUACCCCUUGCCCUGCCAAUUGGACUGUCUGCCUUCCGGACUCGGACGGCCCCCACCGCCCCGGGGCCGCAAGCCCCGCCCCCCGAGGACUACUACCCCGCCUCCAACAACAAUAACCCAGCUGCAGGGGGCAGAGGGAGGCCGGACUCAGACGAGGGACCGGCCAACUCUUGAUAAAACCUGAACCAUGCCCUAAAGCCAUACAAUUUUAACUACAACUACUACAAGUACACACACCACAGUCACGUUGAGAGACAAAGACAUGAACUUUGUGCUGAAGGAGACAGUCUGUACUGCAUGAGGGGAGGAGGAGCGGGGAGGAGGAUGCUGGGAAAACUCCUUUCAUCCCGUUUUACUUUUUUGUCUCUGUAAUUUUGAAACGGAAUGACUGUGACGCGUUUGUUUUUAUGACUAUAAUUUGAUUGUUCUUUUAAUAUGAUUUGAUUUUCUUUCUGUGGUUUGAGGAGUUUGUGUGUUCUGUUGGGUUGUUUGAGCCUGGAGAGGAGGAGGAGGAGAAGGAGGAAGAGGAGGACAGGUUUCAGAAGGAGCGCACACGUUCACGUUUACAAAUUGCAAACAUGAGUAUACGUUGUCAUUUGCAGCAUUUACACUCUUCAUAGGAACGUGUGGGAUGCCUGUGUGUUGUUUUCUUCUCUUUUGGACCGGAGGCCCUCGCUCCCUCGCUCCCUCGCUCCCUCCCUCGCUCUCCGAAGGAUGCAGGGAGCGAGAGAAGGAGGCAAGAGAAGGCGACGGGACACGGGCGCCUUCCUGGCGCUCCUCAUCCUCUCCGUCUUCCUCCUCCUGUUGUUUCUCCUCCAGACAGCUCUUCCUCUCUGUGCUGCUAAUCACCAUGACAACUUGUCCGGAUUGCUGCUAAAGAUCCAACACAGAUCAAUAAAGAAAUGAAAAAGAAAAGAAAGAGAAAGUUAAAAACUUUUUAACCCUUCUGCGUAAGAGAAAGGAUGAAGUAAGAACCACUGCAUCUCAAUGUAUUUAUUACUAUUUAACAAGAAAAAACAAACUGAAAGUAACCCUUUUUUCCUGCUCUUCUUUGUUUGGUUGCCUUCUUUCUGCAGGUGAGCUCUGACUGGCUAUUGUAACAGUGACAGGAACCGGCGAUACGGGAGUGUCGCCGGUUGGUUGGGGGCCGGGCUUGGGUGGAGGGGAGGGUAC